AUGCAAAUCAGUCAAGAGAUGUUUAAAUGGUUGAAAUCAUUGAAUAUAAUAUAGAAUGGGAUUCCAAAAUAGAAUGGAAGAAUGGAAUUAGAUUCAGAAAGUACAUCAGGCUUUUACAACGGUUUCAAGAUAUCAGAACUCUUAGAUAAAUUAUCAGGUGUAUAUAAUUAAUAAAUAAAAACACAAACAAAUCCAACUGCAAGAUUGUAUAAUUGGAAUAUAAUCACAGAACGAUUACAUUAAAUAAAAGUUGAAUUGGAUAGUGAAAUAAAGAAAUUAAUCAUUGAUGGUGAUUUAGAGAUGAUUGUGGAAGUAUUGAAAGAUGUUUAAUCUAAAUUCGUAAAAGAGAAUAAUACAUCUAAGAUAGAAAAUCAAAAGAAGACUUUUGAUAUUGAAACUCUUAAUUCUGCAAAAUCUCUAAGUUCUUGUGAGACUGUACUCGAAUUCGUAAUUGUAGCAUUAAGUUAAAACCUUAUAUUGAAACCAAAACAAUCAUAAUAGUUACUAAAUAACAAUUUUAAAUUACUUACACAUGUCUUUAUUAAGGGAGUGAAAGGGAUGUAUUUUUAAUUAGUAACACUUCUAUAAGAAAUAUAUAAUAAUAUGCCUAGAUUGAUAGAAUUAUUAAAAGAAGAGGAACAUUAAAUAGGAUUCUUUGUUUCAUUUCUUAAACUGUCAAUGUUUUCUAAAGAUUCAGAAGUAGUACAUUGGGGAUUAAGAUUACUUGGUAAAUUAGCAUAUGAUUUAUCUUAAUAUGACUUACUAUUUCAUAUGUUUUAAUGGUUAUUAAGUAUUUAAUAAUAUUUAUAUUAUCAUUUUAGAUUCUGGAUUAUCUACUUUAAUUAUUACACUCUAAAGAUAACCAUAAUUGGCUGAACAUUUAGCAACAGCUUUAUCUUAGAUUGCAUAAUAUGAUUACAAUUAAGUAUUUGGAUAAUAGAGAUAUUUUGAGAAUCCAAAGUCAUAUAUUGAAUUUUAUGGAGCUUUAAUACCAUAUUUAAAUUGUGAUGUAUAUUAAAAAUAUUAUUGAUUAGCUUAUAAAUUACAAUUUAGAAUAACAAAUUUAGAUUGCUAUAAGAUUAAGUGAUAAUCAAAGUACUAGAGAUGAAAAGAAUGUCGCAAUCCAAUUUCUAUGUAAUGCUUGGAUUCAUUAUAAUACAUUUUUAGAAUAGAAUAUGCAAUAUUAAUAAUCAAUAUUAGCAAUGCUUCAAAGAACUGCCAAAGAUAAUUCUACUAUUUUGAAAUCAUAUUCUAUCACAUAAGCAUUCAAAUUAUUGGAUGGUUUGGCUUAAAAGAAAGUUGUUACUGCUGUAUCAGUUUAUAAGAAGUUAAUUUCUAUUCUUAUUGAAAGCUAAAAUAAUGAAUAUAUUGUAAGAUAAUUCACUUACAUUAUUUAAAAAUAUCCAAGUAUUCCUAUUGAAUUAUUAAUUGAUGGUUUAAUUAAAAAUUAAAAUUUAAAUAUGCCUGAUUGUGAUAUAUAUUAUGUGUUAAGUGCACAUUAAAAUUUAAAAGUAUAAUCAGCCAUUACAAUGUUAGAAUUAUUAAUUAGAAUCUAUAAUAGUAGUGUAUUAUUUUAAAGUGCCUUAUUCCCUACUAUAUAAUAAAUCAUUUAAAAAUUUAUAGAACUCUCAGAAUUCCAAGAAUAUAUGAAUAGAAUGACCUAAACUUGUUUAAAUUUAUAUGUUAAUUCUGUGAGAUCUAAAAAAACUACUACUACUACAACAAUUACUAAUUAUUAAGAUGAUUCAGUUGUUAACUCUUAAAGAAGAGCAUAAAUUAUAUAGUUAUUUAAAUACAUUAUUCAAUUAAGAUGUUUUUCAAUGAAUAAUAUGCUCAAACCAUUAUUAGUUGGAGCACAUUUAGAAUUAAGAAACAUUGAAAAUAGAGAUAAUAAAGGAAUUAUUUAAUUAUUACAAAUGCUAGGUGAUCCAAAUACAAUUGUUGAUGAAUAUAUAACAAAAGAUUAGUAAAUGACAUCUCAAUUAUUUCUCGAAAAAAAAAUGUAAUAAAUGGAAGGUAGUUAAUCAUAAGCUUUGGAAGAUCAAUAUCUUUAAAAAAAUAAAAAGUUAUUUGAAAAAGAAGAAGAUUUAGUCAAGUCAUUAUUAUUAGAAGAAAAGAAUGAAAGUAAGAAUCAACAACAAAUAAAAAAAAAGAAGAAAAGGAAUUAUGAUUUUGAUGAAUUCUAAUGUGUAUAUGAGGAAGGAGAAUUAGCAUAUAAACCUUUAGAUGUUGUCUUAAUAGAUUUUUCAUUAGAAGAAGAUGUUGAUAGAGAAUCUAUGAAUAUAGCUAUUAAACAUUUCUCUAAGACUUUUAGAUACUUGUUUAAUAGAUAUGCAUCUACUCCUUAAGAGGCUGCUAAAAAUAGACUUAGAAGUUUAGAUCAAAGUUAAUUAGAAUUGAGAUCUUCUGAUAUAGUUAAGAUACUUUAAGAUUAUGAUAUUUUCAAUUUCAGUACAUAUGAAGAAAUUAUUAAUCUUAUUGCAACUGUUAAUCAUAAAUUUAAUUUAUUUAGUUUAAGUUCCUAAAUUAGAUAAUUACCAUAAGAUAAUUAAACUGAAAAGUAAUCUUCUUUAUCUGCUACUACUUCUAGAACUGUUAAUUAUAAAUUAGAUUUUGAAAAUUUCAAAAAAUUCUUAAUCUAAUUUGCUAUUGUUAUUUUUGGUAGACCACCAAAAGAUUUUAGAAAAAUGCCAGCUGGACAUGUAUUAGUUGAAUUUUUUAAAUAUUUUUCAUUUGUUUCAAGAAGAAAGAAUGAAAAUCAUCUCAUUUUUGAUGAUCCAGAUGGAGUUACUACUGUAGCUGAUAAAAAUACUAUUUAAAAAUGGAAUGCUUAAUUACUUUAAAAUCCAAAUAUUGAUGUUCCUACUGAAACCAGAUUAAAAAAAGUAUAAAUUGAAAGAGUUUCUUUACAUUAUUAAAUGAGAGAUGUUAUGAAAAAUCUAAAUAAAUCUUAUCUUAUUUGUUUUGAAAUUGUUAAUGAACUUAUUCAAUCUAAAUUUAAGUAAUUAUAAUUUAAAUUUUAUUAUAGAACCAAUAUUGUAGAACCUACAUUUAAAAUUAAUCUCAUUUAUGAAGUUAAACCUAUUGCAGCUAAAGGAGUUCAUUCAGAUCUUAAAAUUGAUCCAUUGAUUGAAAAACAAGAAUUAUUAAAGAAUUCUCUCACUCUAUUACCUAUUGAAAAAUAAGAAAUUAUGAAUAAGUCUUUAGAUUUAUCUUAAUUAUCAGAAGAAAAAAUUAUUAAUAAAAGUAUUGUUGAAAAGAUUGUUUCAAAGUAAGAAGAAGCUUUAAAAAAAGAAUUAAAGGAUAUUAAAUGGCAAAAAAGAAAAGAUUAUUUAGAUAAACAAUUCGAAAGAAUUUAAUAAUUUAAAGAAAAAAAAGAAGAAAUAAGAUUUAGUGAAUCAUAAGUUCUUGGAGAAUAAUUAAGAGAUUAAAAACCAAAACAUAUUGAUUAUAUGAAUAAUCUUAAAAAAGAAUACAGAAAAAAUUAAUCAGAAGUAAUUAUUAAAACUGUUAUGACAUAAUAAGAAGAAAGAAAAGAUUCUCCUAAAAAAUAAGGUGAUAAAUAAUAAUAAUAAUAAUAAUAAUAAAAAUAAUAAUAAGAUAAUAAAUAAUAAAAAUAAUAAUAAGAUAAUAAAUAAUAAUAAAAAUAAUAAGAUAAUAAAUAAUAAUUAUAAUCAUAAUAAUAAUAAUAAUCAUAAUAAAAAUAAUAAGUUCCAGAUGGUAAAUAAAAAUAAUAAGAUAAUAAAUAAUAACCCUAAUAAUAACCCCCCUAAUAAUAAUAAUCCUAAUAAUAAUAAAAAUAAGGAGUAUAAUCCCCAGAGAAGAAAUUAACAAAGGAAGAUAAAGCUGAAUAAAGAUUUAAAGCAAGAACAGCUGAGAUGGCUGUUCAUUAUAGGACAUCUUUAGAGAAGAAAGAACAAUUAAAUGAGAAAUUUUAGAAUUUUUAUAAAGAUCCUAAAGUUUAGGCAGAAUUUAAACAUUUUCGAUCAUCUGGUAGUGUGGUAUAAAUAAUAAUAAUAUACAUAAGGCAUUUCAUCAUUAUUUGAAAUACUCUGAUGCUUGGAAUUAUAGUGGGAAAAAGAUUGUAUAAUAGGGAUGGUUAGAUUUUGCAAAAGCUUUUAAUUUAUCUUCAUUAUUUAAUGAGGAAUAAUUGAUAAAGGUGUUUACGAAUACAUUGAAAUAAAAGAAUUAUGUAGGUCAUAGAGAAGCAGUUUAAAAGAACUUAAAAUAUUAGGAUGAGAUAGGUUUAACAUAUUUUGAAUUUGAAUAUUUGUUAUUAAAAAUAGCAAUAAUGGGAUAGGAAUAUUUUAAUUCAAUAUAGAGUGGUAAGAAAUUGGAUGAUAAUUUAAAAUAAUUAAUAAUUUAUAAAGAGAAAUAGAAUAAGAAACCAAAGAUAAAACAUAAAUAUGUAGAAAUUUUGGAAGAGAAUAUGAAUAAAACAACUAGUUUUACAUUAGCAGCAUGUUUAGCAUAUUUAGAUAUUCCAUAGAAUAAAGAUUUAUUUGCAGGUAAAUUGAGAUCAAUAGAGGGUGAUGAUAUAAUAGAAGAGACAAGACCAAAACAUUAAUCAGUUGGUAGAAAUAAUUAUAAAUAGAUUAGACUUAUCAUAAAUUAAAAAGAAGUAAGGAUUACCAGAAAGUCCAUAAGUAAAGAAGAGUAGUAAAUGGUAAAAACCAGGAACUCAUGGAAAAGGUGGAUAAGAUGAUAAAGGAAUGACAGAUUCUUAAAUUAAAUUACCUUAUCUUUCGAAGAAUGCAAAGAGUUAAGAAUUAUUAGAGAUGACAAAAAAAUGGGAAGAAAUUUAAAAAGAUGCAAAGAAAAAAUGA